CAUGAGCACGAGCACUAUCGUUACCUUGGACGAUCUCGAACACACCGGAGACGGUCACCUCACCUACCCUCAAUUGGACAACGAGCAGGACCCGGUGGAGGAAGUCCCUGUUGACAAUGCGCGUCAGUUGCUCAAAGACAGGCUCUUCGUUGGGAAUCUAGCACCGACCGUCGACGGAUCCACGCUCAUCAAAGUCUUUUCGAGAUUUGGCAAAGUCACCAAAGUCGACAUGCCCAUUCACAAAACAGGGUUAUCGAAGGGGAAGCCCAAAGGAUACGCAUUCAUCGAGUACGGAAACAAGGAGGAUGCAUUCAAGGCUCUCACAAUGGCGCAUGAAAAGCUAUUGCGUGGCCGGAAUAUCACCGUGAAGUUUGCCCACCAAGCGCCGCUGGACCAGUAUAGUGGCUCAGGUCUACCGUCCACAUUGAAGAAUCGAAAGGCGAUGAUGGAAACAGGGCGACCGACAACACUUAGCAUGAUAAAGGCUGCUGGAGCAGGAAGGCAUGAAAGUAAGACUGCCGACAAGAUUUCAAUGAUGGAGGCCAAGCUGCGACAAAUGGAGAGCACCAAUCCCAAACCCUCGAAACCCUCUUCACCUCUGGACGAUGCCAACACUACGGAUCGGCCUUUGACACCAUCCGCUAGUUCAUCUCUACCCUACCACCCUUCUCUACCUGCGAAACCUCCUCAGCCCCUCCCUCCUCACUUGAAUGUCCAACGCCCUUCACCGAUCAAUCCUCUUGCUGCACCAAGAUCGAAGCCUUCUCUCCCUUCGCUACCCUUUCUUCCGCAAGUCCGGUCAUCUGGGACUCCACCGCUUGGCUGUAGCUCGCCCUCUCUUGCAAGCGGUUUGACUACCCAUGCGCGUCCUUCCAAACCGAAGCUAAUCGGCGUGAAGAUUAAACCGAAAGAGAAGGGCCCAGGACAGUG